GUGAUUGCUCGGAUCUGGAACGUCUUGCUGACGAUCAUCGUUUGUCUCUUUCUGAAAAGCCAACCAUGUCGUUGCUGACACGUGAAAAACCAAAAGGGGCGCCGCCGCCGCCCGUACGGCCAGGCCUCCUUCCCGUAUUUGUGCAAAACCCCACGGGUGUAAACACUAUGGGUAAAAUGCCGUCGUCGUUUCCCGACUCGCCACUAAGCCCCAUCAACCACGAGAUUUCAGGGUUUCCAAGCAAUUAUAAGCCCGAAAUACCUCCACACACCCCUCGCCAGGAGUGCUCUGGGAAUUUUAGAAGCUAUUUCCUCGGUCCUGGCCUUAUGCUCAGGCUUCUUCCAUCCCGGAUUCCCACUAUCGAGCAAGUGGACGACGUGUACUACAAGAGUGCCAGCACGUGCAUGGUGGUUCUGGGAUUUGCCAUCCUUUAUGAGGUGUUCCUUCUUACGGCGAUGGUGACACCGUUCUACGAUAACAAUAUUAGUUCCAGUGUUGGUGCAUUCAUGCAAGAGACAGCUGCUGCAUGGAUAUGGUUGGCAGCCUCGGAGCUAGGAUAUCACAUCGUCUUGGUUAUCCUUGCUGUGGUCGCGUACCGUCGCACAGUGCGAUCGGGACGACAGUGGACAAACGUGUACUACAUAGCUGUAGCUGGAAUGCUUCUGGAGAUAGUUUUUAUUGCAAUAGUAAAAGGAAUCAUUGCGUUAUAUGCAUCAACACUUGCUGGUCUAUCAAACUGUGCCCACGAGAUGAGACUCUUAGGGCAAGUCUUAUGGUUACCGUAGAGAAGCAGCCCGUGCCUGAAUAUAACCUGCCUGUUACGCGGGCUUGGCACUUGGUCUUUCAUCAACGUUUGCCAGCAGUUUUUGAGCUGACAAUUCGAACUGUCAUGUCUUUACAACGCUAUGAAGGGCUCAAACGUCUCUGGGUGAUUCUA